AUGGGCACGAAAAAUAGUUCGAUGGGUACGAAAAACAGUUCGAUGGGCACGAAAAACAGUUCGAUGAAGGCUGAUAAUGGAAGCAACAUACGAGGUGAUCGAGCUCGCUAUCUGGAUGUUAACAAGGAAUCAGACAAGGUUUUACCAUAUAUUCCUGUAGCUUGUGCUACAAACUCAAUUGCAUCAUUACGAGAAGCUGUUAAACCUGUUGAAAAUUUGAUCGAAGACUUAGCAGAUAAAGUUGAAUAUUCACUGGAAAAAUGCAAGCGUCCAAAAGAUGGUCUCACACAAAAUGAAUCAGCUUCCUUGUAUUUGUAUUCAAUGCAGUGGCCUCCAGGAAAAGAUUCAUUUUAUACAAUGUUUAAUUGGGCACUACGUGAUGAAGAUCGAACUAAAGCAGUGUUAUAUCAAGAUUACUGUAACCUAUUUAUGUCAGCAUUAAGUAAGCUACCUUCGAGACAAGACGAUGUAUGGCGUGGUGUCAAUGGCGAUUUGAGUGAACAAUAUGGUCAAGGUACAACGCACGUUUGGAGGGGUGCAACUUCAUGUAGUAAUAUGGUUCAUGUUACUGACUCGUUUCUUAACAGUACAAGUAGCCGCACUCUUUUCAAAAUCAAAUGCUUCCAGGGAAAGAGUAUUGAAAAUCAUUCAGCCUUUCCAAAUGAAAAAGAAACCGUCUUACCACCUGGUACUUGUCUCCGAGUAAAGUCACAGUCGAAUCCAGCCCCAAAUUUUUAUAUUGUUGAUCUUGAGCAGAUUGUAAUAUCUUCAGAGCAAAAAGUUGCUCCAGAGCUUUCGUUUUUUCAUCUUAUUUGGCUGCGUCCCUAUGCCGAUAAAAUUCUUCAACAAACAGAAAUAAAACUACUAAAGUUAUUUCCAAUUAGUUUGAAAACGUUUGAAGAUUCUAAUGAAUGUGAAACAUUUAUUCGGCAGGAAAGCAGCUCUCAAACAAUGUUGAUAGUUAGUGGACAACUGGGUCGCGAAAUCGUCCCGAAAAUGCAUGAUUUAUCCAAUAUAAUGGCCAUCUUUGUCUACUCUAUUAAUAAACAAGCAAAUGAAGAAUGGACCAAAAAUUAUAAAAAAGUAAAAGCUGUUGUUUCUAAUCCGACCGAUUUGAUCAGCGAAUUAGAAAGGUUAUUGUCACCGGAAGAAAGUAUCAAUGGCUCAUUUGCAGAAAGAUUAACAAAUAUCGAAUAUGAACCGGAUCUAAUGUUAACACCAAUUUCAGGGUAUGAAAAAUUACCUCUACUUUCUUUGGAAGAAGCUCUUAAACCAUUGAAAGAUAUUAUACCUGGAUUAGAAAUCUACGUACAAAUAGUAAAACAAAAUUCAUUGAAGCCAGUAGAUGAAUUGACACCAAACGAGUCGGCUGCCAUCCAAAUUUACACAAUGGAAAUGGAGGUGGCUGAAAGUUCGCUGUCUCACCUAAUGAACAUAGAUUUAUGUUCAAUAGAUAGAUGUUCAUUAACAAAAUGGUUUCCCUAUUUGAAAUUAUUUAUGACUGCGUUACACAAACUGAAAUCUCGUUCAAUGACAUUGUAUCGGGGAGUGAAAGUUGAUGUGAGUCAACACUACACUGAAGGUCAACGUGGUGUAUGGUGGGGAUGUUCAACAGUUACCAUGAGCAUUGGUGCUCUUCAAGAGUGCAUUGGUACAACAGGCGCAUGCACAAUGUUCAUGAUUGAGUGUCGCAAUGCAAAAGUUAUCAGAGCUCAUUCUUUCUUUAACUUAGAACAUGAAGUCCUCCUAAUUCCUGGCUUUUAUUUUGAAGUGAAAUCCAAACUUCACCAAGGUAACCUCAUGAUCAUUUAUUUAAAAGAAGUUGAGCCACCGUUCCAGCUAAUUGCAUCGCCGUUCGAGCAAACUACACCAUCACCCACCAUCCACAUCCAUACUGAAUAA